CGGAAAGUUCAGCAGAGCGGGACAGGCGUUCAGCGUCGACAUCAGCAGCGUGUUCGCCACGUGAAUACAUUCUGCCACACUCCUGAUAGAUUGAUCCAUCAGCUUUCAAUUGCGGACGGGUGCUGUAUUGCUGUGCUAAAAUAUCACCGGUAGAUCUGACAGUUCUGCGAAGGGUGCAGGAGUGGGUUGUGCUUGUAGAUCGGCAGUGGCAUUCACUAUGUCUCAGAAGCUUGUCUCCUUGACAACGGGGCUCGUAACAACCGUUCCAGAUGGAUCUCUGAGAGGUAAAACGCGGGAUAUCAAAGAUUACAAAAUCAUGAAUCAAAUUGGAGAGGGCACCUACGGCAUUGUUUAUAGAGCAUUAGAUAUAGAAUCUGGGGAAAUAGUUGCCCUGAAGCGAGUGCGUAUGGAGCAGGAGAACAGUGGUCUGCCCAUCAGCGCCCUCCGAGAGAUCACUCUGCUGCGCAAAUUGCAACAUCCAAACAUUGUUCACGUCCAGGAUAUGGCAUCCGGCGUCACGCUUAAGAGCAUAUAUGUUGUCAUGGAGUACUGUCACCACGACCUGGGCAAGCUCCUAGCACACAUGCCUGUGGCAUUUCUGGAGUCAGAGGUCAAAUGCCUGGUGCUGCAGUUGCUCGAGGGUGUGCGUUACUUACACAGACGGUUCAUCAUCCAUCGGGAUCUGAAGGUGUCCAAUCUCUUGCUCACAGACAAGGGCAUCUUGAAAGUGGCAGAACAUUGUUAGUGUAUUUGGGCUGGAUGCCCUUGUACACCAGGAACAAUGGUCCAUGCG